AGUAGGCAUGCCAGAGGUGGCCUUGGUAGUGCAGAGGCGGUGGGCAGGAGAACCUCCUUGGCCUGCAGGCGAUACUUAACGCCGCCGCCCCGGUAGCGCUCAGCCCAGACGCGCUGCCAGCGUCCCGAAGCCCUCGUCGCGGCCGCCCUGGCACCGGCCUCCCCUUGUGGGCGGGGCCAUUGGUCGAUGGGCGGAGCUUUAUGUGACCCCGCCCCUCCCGUGGCUAACGGCAGCCUCCUGUGCCCUGCCCCCUUCCAGUUACCAUAGCGACGCCAGACGCGGCUGGGCCCGGGCCCUGCCUGCGGGCAGCGCCGGGCACGGAGGGCCGAAGGGUUCGGCCAGCGCCCGCUGCCGCUGCUGGAUCGUCACGGAGAGUGUUUUGACCUCCGCUGUUGCUCUGCCUGCCUGCGGGGGAUCAGCCUGUAGCUUUUAAAUCACAAUUCUGGAAUCAGAGCUGGGAUUUGGCUGUGCUGGGCAGGAUGAAGCCAGUGGGAGCUGUGCGUGUCGUUCCUGCUGGGCAAGUCUGCAAACAGAUGUUCCAGGCUCAGGCUCAGUUGGUAAGCUCUUUGGAGAAAGUGAGGAACAAAACUAAGGUUUCCAUAAGGAGUGAAAAGAUCACUUUGGAUAGAAAUGCAACAACUUCCACUGCUGCCAGGCAGCUACCAGGUGACAAGCAGAAGUGUGUGGAUCAGACACCUUGCAACAAGCCAAUGGAGAAGUCACUGUUGUGCAGAGAAGUCCCAGCAGUUCAGAAGGCUUGGGGAAGCCCAGCUAUGACUGAAGCUGAGGAAGUCAGAGGCCUGCCUGAUGUCGUUGCUUCUGAGACCCCAAGGAGUGGUAUUCUGGCAGCCCUGUCAGAGCGCCGGCAGCGCCGCCACGAUGAUGCCCUGGCCUCAAUGUACCAUGAGCUGGGUUGCAUUGCCAAGGAGAUGGAACUCCUUGUUUUGGAGCCUCAGCAGUCCCUUCUGGCCAAACUGAUGGAAUCUGAUAGAAAAGUGGAACUUCUGCUCCAGAAGGUUGAGGCUAACACUGCUCUGGGAAGCUUCUCCUUUGAAGAACUGGAGGAACUGUGGAACAGCAUCCAUCAGGAAUCCUUGAGCAGAAAGAAGUGGAUUAGGGAAAUGGAUGAAGCCCUAAAAAAGCUUGAAUGGAGUCGAACUGACAGAAUCACUGCUGUGCUGAGGAGCUACACUGGGAGACUGGAGGAGAUCUCCUACUUCUUGCCACCUGAUGUGCACAGGCUGAUCAAUCAGGAGGCCAUGUUGAUUAACAGAGCACUGUUGGCUAAUCAGAGGGCAAUGGCUCAGCUGCUCUUUAAGCUGCUGAAAUCAGAGCUGAAGUGGAAAUUAUCCCAUCAGCUGAAAUGGCAGGAUGCAGUCAAGGCCUGGAGGCUGAUCCAGAGGAACUCCAUAGUUCACAGUUUCAGAGAAUUUAUGGCCAAGGAAGAAAUUCAGAGGCCUCCAAGUGUGAAAAGAGAAAUGGAAAACAUGAUAAUGGAUCAGAUUUUACUUCAGGACAGGAGAUUGGAGUUCUUGCAGCGCUUUGGCAGGGAUUUGUUGCCUCCAGCACACUCCAAAGCUGAGCUGAGUGAGUGGCACAGGUCUCUGGAGGAUUUCAAUGAUAGGAUUGAUGCCCACAACAUGCAGUGUCUGAAGAAGAUGCACAUCCACUAUCAGCUGGUCCAGCAGAGAUGUCUGGCAGAAGUGGAGCACUGCAAGGGUAACCUGCUGAAGCAGAAUGUUUGCACAGACCAAGAGGCUGAGGAAAUUGUCAGUUCUGAGUUCCUUCAGUUGACUGAGAAGCUGCAGAGGAAGUUUGAAGCAGAGCUGCAGCACUUGGCUAGUGACUUUCAGGAGCUGGCUGAGGAGAACAAGCAGAAUUGCAGAGCCUUGUACAGCUCUGCUGAGGAGGUCCUGGGUCUCUGGGAUGUCCAUCAGCUCCGAGUGUCCCAGCAGCAAGCUGAACUUCAGAAGAGAUUGGAUGAAUGCAGCUUGAGGCAAGACAGAUUGCUGCAGAUGAAGGAAGUCAAUCUGGAUGUGAUUAUGGACCAGAUGAGAACAGCAAGCUCUGAAGAGAAGCUGAAUCAGUAUUUGGAGCAGGCCCUUUCCUCUUUAGAUGACCUUCAAGCCAGAUAUGAGACAUUCAAGCAAGAUCUGAUGGAUGAAUUCAUGACUUACCCAGAAGCUGUUUUGCAGGAGCUGAUUUCUUACAGCACAUCUCUCAGCCAAUAUUUUGGUGUCAAGGAAGUCUUCAAACAGGACUUGCAAGGAGAGACAGGCUCAAACUCCACAGCUCCAGAUCAAGCAGGUGGGGCUUCAGGAGCUGAACAUCUACAGGAGCAACAAGCUGAGAGCAUCAUGCAAGGAGAGGAAAAGGUGGAUGGGUGUCAAGGAGAAAAAGAAGAGCCAAAGCUAGCUGAUAAUGAGGAGACCCUUGCACAGGGAACUGGAGGAAGAGAGAAAGAAGAAGAUGGGCAAAGCAUUCCUCAUGAGAGGGAAGAAACUGAGCCUGCAGGGCAGGGGGCUGUGCUCAGCAGCAGUGAGGCAGGAAGCUCUGGAACUGCCUUUGAGACCUUUUCCACUUCCAGUGGGAACUCUUACACAGUUCUUCAAGUCGAAGAGGCAGGAAGGACUGACACCCCAGGGACUUCUCUUACCAAAUGUGGGGAAGAAUCACUUCCUGUGCACCUGAAACAUGUACUGAUCAGAGAACCUGUGCUUGCAGAGCUGAGGAGGAGGCUUCGCCUCUCCUGCUUUGAACACUUGGAGCAGUGGUUUGCAGAGUCCUUGUCCAACUGCCAUGGCUUUGUAGCUGCCAAGAAAGAGGAGCUGAGCUCAGAUCUUGAGCUGCGUCUUCGAGCCCAUCAGGAGAUGAAGGAGCAGAUAGAGACAAAGAUCUACAAUCUUAGAGCUGCUGAGCUGUUGCUGCACAAAAAGCAGCUGGAGUGCCACUGUGCAGAGGUGGGGGAAGCUCUCCAGAAGGAGAAAGAAGACUUUCUGCUGUUCUGUGAUCAGCAAAAGAACUUCAGCAAGCUCCUGGAGGCGAGGAUGCAGGACAUAGAGUCUGUCUUCUGCAGUGCUCCUAUGAAUGAGAAGUUGGUUUCCUUCAAGGCCAAUGUGCACUCUGAGCUGCAGAUCCUCCUGAAGGUCAUCCACGUCUCCAUCAGGAGCUACCGCAGCUACCUGGAGGAAGCUUUAGGAAACAUAAGGGAUUCAAAUGUGGAUUUCCUCAAAGCCUGCAGGUUAUUUUCAGAGGGAGGAACCUUUUCUCCUGAGGAGGUGGAAUUGUUCAGCAAGCAUCUUCAGGAGCAAAGCAAACACAUUGACUCGUUUGAGAGCUUAACCAAGGCAGAACUGGACCAAGUGGAAUCAAAAUGCUUGGAGGAGGCUACUGAAGUGAUCAACCAGACUGAUAUAAAGUUUCACUACAUCUUUAUGGACCGAGAAUUCAUGGAGAGUGUCCAAAGGUUUCUGAGGCAUCUACGAGUGCAAAUCAAGUCAGAGGUGGCAAAUUCCAAUCUGCAGGCACAGACACUGAACUCUUACCUGGAGAAGCUCCAGCAGAAGACAGAUGCUUGUGCUCAUCCUGCUGCAGAUAAAGAAGCUUUGACCUCUGAAGAGCUGUAUGAAUUCAUCAAGGAAGUAUUGGCAGAAGUGAAAAAGAGGAGCCUGUACCUUGACUGUCUGCUAGGAAAAGCAACAAGCCUGCAUGUUAGUGAAGACUUUGCCCCUCCUACAACAGAUGCUGGACAAGGUCCAGUUGCUCCUGCAGAGCACCUCGGGGGUGAGAAGAAAAUGCUGCUGAUGGGGCUGGACCCUGAGCAACAUCCUUUGUUAAUGCCAAGCAGAAUGGGCAAGCCUGCACUUGAUGAUUUAGCUCUGGGUGUUAUCCAGAACUUACUGGAGAUUCAGCCAUCCCAAAAACACUCAGGCCUCAAUCAGAUGAGAAGUCAUCGGUCACGGUCAGCAGUUCUCUCCUCAAGGAAGCAUUUUCCCUCACGUGUGCACAGUGAAGCUCCUCAGAACGUUGCUGCUUCUGGCUCUGCAGCUCCAAGCAGCAAGAAGUCAGCUAAGACAAAGAUGCCAAAAGGAAGGAAGCAGAAGCACUCCAAACCAGUUCCCAGAGACAGGAGAUUCCAGCUGUUUGGAGAGAAGCCUCCAGAAUCUGAUACAUUUAAGGGAAUUGUUUCUGAAUUAUUCUCUGGAAGGGCCAAUGACAGCCUCUUGUGCCUGGCUGAGAAGUUCUACCAAGAGCAGAAGCCUCAAAGCACAAUACUUGAAGACCUGCCAGAGACAUUUGAGCACUGUGCAGAUGUAUUUGAACAGAAUCUGCUGUCCUACCAAAGCCAGGCAGAAGAGUACCACAGCUCCUGCCUGAGAGAAUUCCAGGAUCUGAAGCUGUUUGAGCAGGAGCUCUCUCAUGUCUCCAAGUUGGCAGUUGACACUCUGCUGAAAGAACACAAGCAGAAGCUCAGCUCUUCCACUGCUCAGAUCCAACACACAUUCAUCACUGAAGCCAUUUCUGAUGUUGGUUCCUUCAAGGCUGUGCACAAGAAUCAGUUACAUCCUCUGGGACACCCAGACAACUUCACUCAGCUGGAAGCUUUGUGCCAAAGAGAAACAAAAUGGCAGAAGAGGAACAAGCUGGAUGGGAUUUGUCUCCACACACAGAAGCUGCAGGUGACUGGUGCUGAGUGUGCACAGGAGUUUUUUGCUUCAUUAGCUGCCUCACUAAAAGCUGCUCCUGAAUUGGAUGAAACUAUCACUAUUGAUGAUGUGCAAGUAGCAAGUAAGGAAGUGCCCAGAGAGCAGACAUCGACUCUGCUGUCGGCCUGCAAGCGGGCUGGGCUGCCUCUGGUAGCCUGUGAAGUUCAACAGCUCAUUGAACGUGGGAGCAGGACUUGGCCAGGAAUACCCAAGACUACUCUUACAGACCAUUCAGACCACAUCCUCUGCAGAGAAACUCCACCAGUUACAACUGCUAAGACUACACUGGGCCAUGCAGCAGCAGUAGAAGCAAGAGAUGCUGCCUAUGAGGGUUGGAAAUGUAAAAUUGAGACGCAGCUUGCCCUGAUCGGGGAGGAAAGCAGAGCUCAGCUGCUGAGUGCUCAGCGCUGGCAGGGCUGGUGGGAAAGGACCAUCCAGAAGAUCAAGCAACUCUAUAACCUGAGAGCAGUCACAUCCUGCUCCUCCUUGCUGUGAACUGAUGAGUUUGGCUCCUCUUAGUGAGUAUCUCCACUUAGUCCUGAGAAUUUCCUCCUCUGCUUCUCCUCCUGUUGCACUGAAGGAAUGCAGUGCAAAAGGAUCUAUUUUCUGCCUCUUGAAAUAAACCAAAG